AUGGCGUCGUUUCAACCUACAAACGUGAACAUUUCCAGAGACGAAAGUAUUUUAAAUUUUACAAAGUCCAGGAACACGGAGCCGACAAGGGAAGUUUUGACAGUGAUUCAAAUAACUUGUUAUUCCAUCAUUAUUGUAAUCGGAACGAUAGGAAACGUGAUGCUAGUAUUCGAUUUGGCUGCCAAACAUUACCUCAAAACCAGCCAGUAUUUCAUUUUGAAUCUGGCUACAGUAGAUCUCUUAACUUGUGCACUGAGUAUACCGUUUGAUAUUAGCCUGGUCGUGCUGGGUGGUUGGCCAUUUGGUCCGGUAAUGUGCAGGAUCGUUUAUCCUCUUCAAACAAUCCUCAUAGCUGUUUCAGUGUUUACGUUGCUGUGUAUGGCAGUGGAGCGCCACCGUGCUAUUCUACACCCACUAAAGCCUAAGAUACCCGGGAAAGUUAUAAUGUUGGUGAUUCUGCUUAACUGGGUUAUAGCUACUGGUCUGGUGUCACCAUAUGCCGCCGCCCUUACGAUAAAGGACGGUCACUGUGCUGAAAAUUGGCCUAAUAACGAUCCAAGAUACCCCAAAGCCUUCAGUUUAUGUGUGUUCCUUAUAUUGUACUUGAGCCCGUUGUGCGUCAUUACAGCCGCAUACACUUGCGUGGGGAUAAGACUUCGUGCUAACAGUCACAAGGCGGAGCUUCUCGUUGGAACUUUAAGCUGCAAGAGCCGCUUGGCCAAGUCUCGAACACAGAGAAACAUCAGGAUCGUAAAAUUCUUUGUUUUAGCAGUGGUGGCUUUUGCUCUUUGUCUGCUGCCUUUUCAGGUCAUGUGGAUGUGGAGUGACUUUGGAAACGGCCAAGACUGGUCACAUUUCAAUGAAGUUCUUACGUUCGCUAACGUAAUGGCUUACGCAAACAGCGCGGUUAACCCGUACAUAUUUGGUGCUCUUGGCAGUAGGUACAACUCCUACAACUGUCUUCGUCAGAAAAAUCGCAAAGGGCGUUACUUUGCACGUAAUACAUUUCCAUUUCAUAGCUUCAUCAGGAAAAGACGUUCUACAGGAAACAAAAAGUUAUUAAAGUCGCCUGAGAUAAGUGUUAUAAAACGAAACAGUCCAACCCCUAAUGAAAACCGAAGUAGAGGAAACAGCAAUCUUACCAAUGCCUUAUUCGAAUCAUCAGUUUAA